GAUCUGCCAGUAAUGCCUGGUUCGAUAUUCCUGCUUCCGGGGUUUGGCAGCUGACCGCUGGCUGGCUGACUGAUUGAACACUGAACUCUGCUGUGGUCACAUUUGUUGGAAGUAAUGAGUGGAGAAUCUAACCCUGCAGCCACACCCACCCCCUGUCAGGACACACAGGGAGAUGGCCGAUGGAUGUCAUUGCACAAUCGAUUUGUAUCGGACAGUAAAGGAAAAGAGCCUGAUGUUCUGUUUAUUGGAGAUUCACUUAUUCAGCUUCUGCAUGAGUUUGAGGUUUGGCGAAAGCUGUUUUCUCCUCUCCAUGCACUGAACUUUGGGAUUGGUGGAGAUGCUACACAGCAUGUACUCUGGAGACUCAUAAAUGGAGAACUGGACCACAUCAGCCCAAAGGUGGUGGUGUUGUGGGUGGGCACUAAUAAUCAUGGUCACACUCCAGAGCAGAUUCUUGCAGGCAUCAUGGCCAUCGUCAAUGUGAUCCAUCAGAAGCUGCCUCAUGCUCACACUCUUGUGUUGGGAUUGCUGCCGAGGGGUAAAAGUCCAAACCCUCUUCGGGAGCGUAACGCAAGUGUGAAUGCUCAAGUUCAGGCUGAGGUAGCGUCUCUGUCUCAUGUCUCUUUUCUGGACAUGGACCCUGGGUUUAUUCAGUCCGAUGGUUCCAUCGCACAUCAGGACAUGUAUGAUUAUCUGCAUCUCACGCCGCAGGCCUACCAGAGGGUGUGCCAGCCCUUGCAUGAAUGCAUCAAAUCCCUUUUAGAUAAGCAAACUCCAUGAACGCAAACACAAAAUAUAGCAUAAACACCCUUUCCUGUGAAAUAACGGAUGUCUCAUCAUUUAUGCUCUACAAUUAGAGCCUUAUUGAGAUAUAAACACCCCGAGGAAAACUCAUGACUGUUUAAUAGACACACGUAUAUAUCAUACACAUCAACACAUGCUUCCCGUCAGUAUGCAUUACUGCUUCCUUGUUACUACAAAAAUAGAUUUUGUUUUAGAGACCGC